AUGUUCACCAGCGACUCUCAACAACCCGACUCGCCGGCUCUGGACGGGAGGUUGAAGAAGCUCCGUUCGGCGUGCGAUGCGUGUCAUGCCGCCAAGGUCCGCUGUUCCGGAGAAGCAACGUGCUCAAGGUGUCUCAGAGACAACGUGCCGUGCCAUUACAGCUACAGAGCCCACCAAGGCAAGCCCAAGGGAAGUCUGAAUAAAAAGACAAUUGAGCGGAUCAAGGCAGCAAGGGCUGCCGCCGAGAGCGAAGCACAGCCGGGCCACAUCACAAGCCAGGGAGGCUCUGCCUGUCCUCGGCCAGGAGACGACGUCCUCGACUUUAUCGAGAUGCCCCCUUCCACAUGCCACAACUCUCCCGACCCAGUCACAGCUACGCCAAGCUCCCAUUUCCCCCUGAUGGGAGAGACGUUUCCUGCAUUUGGAGCCGAUGAUCUUGAUUCCUUCCUGAAUGCGUAUCAGACGCCUCCGCAAAGCCGUAGUUCAAAACCCGUUGGGGAUAUCCCUGUAGCGAGUGACAUGGACCCGGGCUGCAUCUUUGUUGGCACUCCAUCCUCCUCCUCAAGGGAGUACACGGAUGCGGCAGCAAGCUGUUGCUGCGUGAGGACCAUGACGCGGCAAAUCAACCAUGUGCACGCCGCGGCCACGGACCGGUCUGCGGCAGCCCUGGACCAUGUGCUCCACCACACCCGUGAGACAGCAACCUGUGUCUCGCGGUUUCUGCAGUGCCACACGUGUGGUGUCGAGGUCCAGGUCUAUGUGCUCGCCGCCGUCGUGCUCUCUCUCCUCUUGGAAAUCAUGCACCCCCUUACCGACUCGUCGCUCGAGACGUGCCGGCCCCGGGCGCAGAUCAGAGUGGGCAACUAUGACAUGUCGGGCCAGCUGGGCGAUGUGCUGGAGAAGGUGAUUGUGCGCUCCAUGAUCACAAAGCUCCGCCAGGUUGUGGACAAGUUUGAAAUGAGGGUCGAGUUCCUGCGCAGUGAAACCGCCCAGGUGGACUUUCUCAAGUCGGAAGCAAGGCGGCUCAAGAGAGGGUUUGAGAGGAUUGGGGAAGAAACGGCCACGGUGCUGUAG